AUGAGUGCAGUGUUUGAGGUGAAGAAAACGCCAAAAAUGGAAUGCAACAAGGAUGAUGCCAAAAAUGGCAGAAAAGAAAUUUCUGGAAAGAGACUUUCAAGGAGCCCAGAGAUUAGCUUUGAAGCUAAUGAUGAUACACUCAGGAGACAGCACCGAAAAUUGGCACUCUCCCUGCACCCUGAUAAGAACAAUGUGCCAUUUCCCUAUGGUGACACAAUUCCUGAUCUGAAUGUGAAAGCUCAUGAUGUGGAAGCCUGUCACGAUGAAACUGUAUCAAUGUCUGUGCCUGAUGCCAACUUUAACAAUUUCGAAAAUGAAAGAGUGGAGAAUUCCUUCUCAAGCGAUCAGGUUUGGGCUGCAUAUGACGAAGAUGAUGAUAUGCCUCGCUAUUAUGCCUUGAUUGCUUCUGGAUUCACAAAGACUCUUGGAAAUUUCCUGGUGGGGAAAUCAAUAACAAUGAACAGGUUAAAUUCAUUCUCUCAUCCAGUGAGACGAUGGAAGAAGGGUCCGAGAGGAGUGAUUCAAAUAUUUCCAGCAAAUGAAGAUGUUUGGGCAAUCUACAAAAACUGGUCCUUCCAAUGGAACUUUGACACUGAAAAGGAUGUACUUCAUAAAUACGAAGUGGCGGAGGUGCUCGGAGAUUACAAUGAAGAUCAUGGAGUCUUGGAAGAGAUGUUCAGAUUCCCCCAUCAGGUGCCAAUGUUUAAGCUGGAUGGGAUGAAGGAUAAAGGUGCACCUGAGGGGUGCUAUGAGCUCAACCCAGCAGCUCUACCAUCAGAACUGCUCCAGAUUAUUACAGAAGCUGAAGUAGCCGAGGAAACCACUCAGAGAGUUUCCAAGCAUUGUGGUCGUGUCAGAAGGAUGGAUCCAAAAGUAAUUGAAGAUUUUCGGAAGGGAAAUGGGCGUUCCAAACUUCUAAAGACGUAUUUUAGAAGAAAGAAAGUCAUGGAGGCCCAAGGUAAAAAAGACAGAAUUUCUGAACAAUCUCAUGAUUGA